AUGGAGAGCCACGACGAGUCCGACCAGCGCGCUUCGAAGCGUCUUAAGGUGGACGACUCCUCGGCGCAGGUCGGCGGCGUCCAGGAUGCAUCUGCCGCCGUCGUGACCGAGGCGCAGGCCCCGAGUGAGGAGCGUGUCGCUGUCGAUGAGGCUACGAAGCGUGUGGAGCCAAUUGCCGCGAAGGAGAACGGUGAGAAGGCGGCGGAGGUGAGCAAUGGUGAUGUCGCUAUGGCCGAUGCGCCUGCCGAGAAGAAGACGGACGACAAGGAAAAGAACGACAAGAAGACCGACGACAGGGACAGGUCACGUGGCACUGCUCCCAUUAAGGCUGAGUUUCUGAUCCACAAGGAGAACCAGUCAAGAGAUCAGGAUGAGGUCGUUGAUGAUGACGACGCCGCUGAGGGCCGUGGUGAGGGUAACGAGCAGAAGGGAGACGCUCGCGACAACCGCGACAAGAAGAAGAAGCGCGAGAAGCGUGAGAAGGGUCAGAACAAGGAGCGUAGUUUCGGCCACUUUGACGAUGCCCUCCGUCUCUGCAACAGCCGUGCCUGCACCUCUGAGUUCUCUCCGCGCGAGUGCAGAUUCGGUGACAGAUGCAACCUCGUCCACGACCUGCGCAAGUACCUUAAGGAGGGUCGCCGCGAGGAUCUCGACACCUUCGCAGGCAAGUGCCCUGUCUUCGAGGAGUGGGGCAUCUGCCCUUCCGGCUGGAAGUGCCGUUUCGUCAAGAGCCACAUGAAGGAAGUCGAGCACGAACACGGCCGCAAGGAACUUGUUCUGGUGGAGGAACCCAAGAAGACUACUGGCGAUGCUCCUGUUGAGGCUGGACGUGAAGAUCUCAGGCCGGGUGUUUAUAACAACACCGAGAACCAGCUCAAGAUUGACCUCAGCCGCAAGCGGAUUGACUUCACCGAGACGGACAAGUACAUCACUUGGAUGAACAAGGACACGAGGUUGGGCGAUGAGUUCCACCAGCGCCGCAAAGAUCAGAGGAUUGGCAACAAUGACGACUUGCGUGCGCAGUACGUCGAGCCGCCCCUGAAGCCGUCUGAGAAGCGCAGGCUUUACUUCGGCAAGGAGACGCCCGCCCUGGCGCCCCUGACUACCCAGGGCAACCUUCCCUUCCGUCGACUCUGCGUCGAUCUUGGUGCUCAACUGACCUACUCCGAGAUGGCUCUGGGCAUGCCCCUUGUCCAAGGAGUAAAGAACGACUGGGCCCUCAUGAAGGCUCACGAAAGCGAGAUCAGCCCGCCUAAGGUCAACCCUGAGAGCGCCAGCAUUGUGAAGGGCUACGACAACUCCCGCGAUCUGAAGUUCGGUGCUCAGAUCUCUGGUAACCAGGCCUGGCAUUGUGUCAAGUCUGCCGACCUCCUCAGCAGAUUUGUCCCUCACCUGCGUCUCAUUGAUCUAAACUGCGGCUGCCCUAUUGACAUGAUCUACAAGUCUGGUGGAGGCUCUGCUCUUCUGGAGUCCCACGGCAAGCUUGAGCGCAUGGUUCGCGGCAUGAACACGGUCUCUGGAGAGAUCCCCAUCACGGUCAAGCUUCGCACCGGCGUCAAAUCCAACCGCCCCACGGCCUCUUCCAUCAUCGGCAAGCUCGCCUUCGGCUCCCGCGAGAACCGCGAACGUGCAGGUGCUCCUGGUUGCGCCGCUAUCACCCUCCACGGCCGCAGUCGCGAGCAGCGCUACACCAAGAAGGCCGACUGGAGCUAUAUCGCCGAGUGUGCCGUGAUGAUCAAGGAUUACAACGAGCAGAAGGACAAGCUCACCGAUACGGCUCGGGAGCCUGACGAAUCCACCCUUCCCAACUCCAAGGACGGCCGCAUGUUCUUCCUCGGCAACGGUGACUGCUACUCCCACAUUGAGUACUAUGAGCACAUCGAGAAGGCCAAGGUCGAUACUAUCAUGAUCGGUCGCGGCGCCCUCGUCAAGCCGUGGCUGUUUGAGGAGAUCGAGAAGGGCCAGUACCUCGACAAGUCGGCCACGGAGCGUAUCGCCUACGUCGAGAAGUUUUGUAGAUUCGGCAUGGAGGCCUGGGGCACGGAUGAGCUGGGCAUAGGAUUCACCCGCCGCUUCCUGCUCGAGUGGCUCUCCUUCGCGCACCGCUACGUUCCUCUCGGUCUGCUGGAGCACCUCCCUCCCGACCUCAACGACCGCCCGCCUGCGUACCACGGACGCAACGAUCUGGAGACCCUUCUUGCCAGCAAGAAUUACCGCGACUGGAUCAAGAUCAGUGAAAUGUUCCUUGGACCUGCUCACCCUAACUUCACCUUCCAGCCCAAGCACAAGUCCCACGCCUACGAGGCCGAGGGUUAA